AUGGCAGAUAAUGAACAGAAAGCUAUACAAUUAAUGGCCGAGGCGGAGAAGAAGCUGAGUUCUUCAAAAACUUUCUUUGGAUCACUUUUCGGUGGUUCAUCGAAGGUUGAAGAGGCAGUGGACUGCUACCUUCGGGCGGCUAACCUGUUCAAAAUGGCGAAGAAAUGGGCGCAGGCUGGGCAGGCGUUCUGCGCCGCUGCCAACCUCCACCUGAAGGCAGGCGUCCGUCACGACGCAGCCACCAACUAUGUCGACGCCUCAAAUUGUUACAAGAAGUGUGACCCUAACGAGGCUGUCUCCUGUCUCCUGAAAGCGAUUGAGAUCUACACCGACAUGGGAAGAUUCACUGUAGCUGCUAAACAGCAUCAGAACAUAGCAGAGCUGUACGAGACGGAGUGCGUGGACCUGUCGCGCGCGAUGCAGCAUUACGAGCAGGCAGCCGACUACUUCCGCGGCGAGGAGUCCACCUCAUCCGCCAACAAGUGCAUGCUCAAAUUGGCGCAGUACGCCGCCCAGCUGGAGCAUUAUGACAAGGCCAUUCAGAUCUAUGAACAGAUCGCCAAGUCCUCCCUAGACAACAGCCUCCUGAAGUACAGCGCGAAGGAGUACAUGUUCCGCGCAGCACUCUGCCACCUCUGCGUCGACAUACUCAACGCCCAGCAUGCCGUCGAGAAGUACUGCGGACUCUACCCUGCCUUCGCUGACACUAGGGAGUGUAAACUGAUUAAGGAAUUGAUCGAGCACUUGGAGGAGCAGAAUGUGGACGCGUUUACCGAGGCAGUGAAGAAUUACGACAGCAUAUCUCGACUGGAUCAGUGGUAUACAACGAUGCUCGUGCGCAUUAAGAAACAGAUCAACGACAACCCCGACCUGCGUUGA